AUGGAUGCCAAGAAGCCCCCCCAUUCGGAGUUCGACACCAUCCUAACUCUAGACUUUGGGAGCCAGUAUACCCACCUUAUCACUCGCAGUUUCCAGGCUGGUCAGUACUUGGAACGAGAGCUCAAUGUCUACUCUGAGAUGCUCCCUUGCACUCAGAAGCUGGCCGAUCUCCCCUGGAAGCCCAAGGGUAUUAUCCUCUCUGGUGGCCCCUACUCGGUCUACGAAGAGGAUGCCCCCCACGUUGACCCCGCCUUCUUCGAUCUCGGUGUCCCAAUUCUCGGUAUUUGCUACGGACUUCAGGAGAUUGCGUAUCGUCUAGGCAAGGAUAAUGUCGCUGCGGGGACCGCCAGAGAAUAUGGCCAUGCUAUCCUCAGCGCUAAGAGUCUGGACAACCAGGGUCAUGUCGAUCGGUUGUUCGCCGGUCUUGAGGAUGAAAUGCAGGUGUGGAUGUCCCACGGUGACAAGCUUGUUCAGCUUCCUGAAGGUUUCCACACUAUUGCUACCACCUCUAACUCCGAGUACGCCGGUAUUGCCCACGAAUCCAAGCCCAUUUACGCUGUUCAGUUCCACCCCGAAGUGACCAAUACCCCGAACGGUGUAAAGCUCUUGAAGAACUUCGCCGCGGAUAUCUGCGGCGUCAAACAGAACUGGACCAUGGACAAGUUCGUGGAUCAGGAAAUCACCCGUAUUCGCGAGCUGGUUGGAGAGACGGACCAUGUUCUGGGUGCUGUCAGCGGUGGUGUGGACUCCACGGUUGCUGCGAAGCUCAUGAAGGAAGCCAUCGGCGACCGGUUCCAUGCUGUCCUCGUCGACAACGGCUGUCUACGUUUGAAUGAAAGCCAGCAGGUUUACGAGACCCUUGGAAAGCAUCUUGGUAUUAACUUGACUGUCGUCGACGCUUCAAAGGAUUUCUUGGCGGGCCUGAAGGGAGUAACUGACCCGGAGAAGAAGCGCAAAUUCAUUGGUGGAAAGUUCAUUGAUGUCUUUGAGGUGGAAGCGGCAAAGAUCGAGGCAAGUGUUGAGCAUACCGGCGCCAAGGUCAGGUGGUUCCUUCAGGGUACUCUGUAUCCUGAUGUCAUUGAGAGCCUUUCUUUCAAGGGCCCCAGUGCGACCAUUAAGACCCACCACAACGUUGGAGGCCUUCCGGCCCGUAUGCAGGAUGGAGCUGGACUGAAGCUGAUCGAGCCCCUUCGCGAGCUCUUCAAGGACGAGGUUCGACAGCUGGGAAGAGAGCUUGGUAUCCACAAUGAUCUGGUCAUGAGACACCCCUUCCCCGGCCCUGGAAUUGCCAUCCGUGUCCUUGGUGAAGUCACUCCCGCACGUGUCGAGAUCGCCAGACAGGCAGACCAUAUUUUCAUCUCUAUGAUCCGUGAGGCUGGCCUCUACGACAAGAUCGCCCAGGCCUACGCAGCAUUGGAUCCUACCAAGGCUGUCGGUGUCAUGGGUGACAAGCGUGUCCACGCUGAAAUGAUUAUCCUUCGAGCCGUCCAGACUACGGACUUCAUGACCUGUACCGCAUACCCCUUCUCUCACGAGUUCCUUUCCCGGGCCUCAACCAGGAUCAUUAACGAAGUGCAUGGCGUUUCUCGCGUUCUCUAUGAUAUCUCCUCCAAGCCUCCUGCAACUAUCGAGAUGGAGUAA